UGAUUGGCCGGGGCGGAGGGAGCCAAUAGGAGGCGGUGUUGUUGGGAGGACGGUGUUGUCAGGACGGGUUGAGGGCGAUGGCGGCGCUGGGCCGCCUCUGGCCGCGGGCUGUUGGCGGCAGAUUUUUCCUACUGCAGCAAGCUUUCCAGCUCCGAACAGCCUCGGUCCUCUCAAGUUCCCUGGAGCUGCCUCUCAGAAGCCAUCUCUCCUUCAAGCCUGCAGGCAUCUGCCCCGGCCCGGCGCCUUCCUGGAACCACCAACAAAUCCGCACAAAAGCACGUGGGAACGAGUAUCAGCCCAACAACCGCAAGCGCAAACGAACCCACGGCUGGAUCAAGCGCAUCAGCACGCCGGCCGGCAUCGAGGUUAUCCUCCGACGCAUGCUGAAGGGCAGAAAGUCCCUGAGCCACUGAAAGCUCUGCCCGCGAGGUGGAUGUGGUGUGAGGCGAGCCCGAAUCGAGACCCCGGCGAGCUGCUGCGGCUUCGGAAUUGAGCCAGCGCGAGGGUCUGUGCCGAGCGGCGGCGUCCGACUGUCCCUCUCGUGUUGGGAAUGUGUGAGGAACGGCGCCAGCUUGAGGGUGGCGUCCGAGGGCUUUGUUUAAUGGCCUGCUUUUUAAAUCGUAAAAUUGUCGCCGCUUUGCAGGUGUGAUUCAAAGAUAAACUUGUGAAAACACGAGCUGUAAUUAAAGCCUCAGCGACUCGCCUUGAA